AUGUCCGUGUCGCCAUCACCCGUCUCCUCCCUCCACCGGAGCGGAGCAACCGUUCCGCCGCCAUCACUCCCCAGAUGGGCGCACUCUUCCGCCUUCAAGGGCCGCGCUGUUCAGAUCGGCAGCGCACCCGCUGGCGGCAGCGGCGGGAAAAGCAGCGGCAAUUCCCGCCAUCACCCGGCGAGCCGCGGCCCGUUAGUGGAUCUGGCGCGUGCCGUGUUGAAUAACGGCGGGAUUGGGAAAUUCGAGAAUUCCGGCAACGGCGGCGCGGGGAAUUGGGGGCAGCUGCCCUCGGCGCAUUCCCGCGCGCAGCCGCAGCAGAAUGACCCGCCGACGCAGUGGCAGAGCGUGGGCGAGGCCACCCGCGCAGUUCUAGAGCGCCUGUUUGCACAAGCGCAGCGGUACGAGGAUCGGACCGAUAGUCCGGAUUUCGCGGAGGAGGCGGAAUUGGAGGAGACGGUAGGGCAGCUGGAGGCUGACGUGGUGGGCGUGCUCGAGUCGCUACGGCGCAAGGAGAAGGAUCUGAUGAAAGCGGAGGAGAUUUUAAGAGAGGAGGAGCACGAGGUGCAGGUGGCGCGCUCCGCGCUGAUCCAACGCGAGCGGGAGUUCGAGGCGGUGCGCAUGGCGCAAGCGGGAAAGCGCAGCGAGCUCGCCCGCGCGCGCGGGCAGCUGGGGACCCAGCGGGAGGAGCUCGAGCGGACGGUUGGCCUGCUGCGGGAGAGGGAGAAAGAGCUUACGCGUGUGCGCGAGCAGCUCGCGGGGAAGGAGGACGAGGUGCGGAGAGUGCGCGCGGAAGCCGCCAAGCAGGGCGAAGCCGUGGACAGCGUUGGCGCGGCGAUUGCCGCGCACCAAGCGGAGCUGGCGGAGGUAGAGGCGGAGGCGGAAAAGCGGCGGAAUGAGGUAGCGUCGCUGCGCGAGCUGUUGCAGCAGCAGCGGGCGGAGCUUGCGUCGGUAGACGCGGACCUGGAGGGGAAGAAGCGCAAGCUUUCCGCCACAGAGGAAGACCUCUCCACGCGUGCGGUUGCGCUGCACGCGGCACAAGGGGAACUACAGCUCUUGCGCCAGCAGCUGCGUCGAGUCACUUCCGCGGGAUCUUCCGCGUCGCUAGAGCUCGACCGCGCAACGGUUCUCCUGCGCGACGCGGAGGCGGAACUCGCUGCGUCCCGCGCGGCGGUGCGGCGGUUCCGCGACGAGGUCGCGGACCAGGAGACGGAGCUAAAGGCGAAGGAGGAGGAAGCUGGGCGGCUCGUGGCGCUCCUACGGAAGCGCGAGGACGAGCUUUCGCGCGUGCAGAAAGAAGCGGCCAAGGAUCGCGCGGAGCUGCAGUCUGCGCGCGCGGCGUUCGCUGCCGCGGAGACGAAGCUUGCGGAGCAGUCCCGCGCGGUGACCGUGCUGGAGGGGGAACUCCUGUCGGAGCGCAAGCGCGCGGAGGAAGCCACCGCGGAGAUCUCCGCGCUGCGCAAGGAAGUCCGCCGGACGAGCGCGGCGCUCUCGGACACGCAGCUGGCGCUGCAACUCCGCGAGGCGGAGCUGCUCACCGCGCGGCUCGAGCUCCAAGCCGCGCAAUCCGACCUCGCGGCGGCGCAAUCCGACGCGCGCGCCAAGACCCAGGAGCUGGAGGAGUCCGGGCGCGCGGUCGCGACGCUCCGGCGCGAGCUACUGCUGACGCGGAAGGUCCUGGCGGAGCGGGAGGUGGAGGUCUCCGCGGUUGCGGAGAAGCUCCGCGAGCGCGAGGAGGCGCUGGAAGCGGUGGGAUCGGACCUGCAGAAAUCGCGGAUCAAGCUGAGCGAGGCGGAGACGGUGGUGGAGCAGAUUGCGGGGCUGUCGCGGCUGCUGGUGGAGACGGCGACGGCGGGCGGCGCGGCGGUGCCGGUGGUGACGGAGGGGUCCGUGCUGGCGCAGGCGAACUACGAGCUGUUCGCCACGAACCGCUGCCUGCUGGAGCGCGAGGUGCAGCUGCAGACCAUGCAGGAUAAGGAGGCGCGCGAGUCGAUGGCGGGGCAGCGCUUGCUGGCGGAGCUGGACGCGGUGCGCGAGUGUCUGCGCGAGAAGGAGGUGGAGCUCGAGGUCGCGCGCCUCGCGCUCGCGGACCGCGACGUGGCGCUCUCCGCGCUGCAGCAGCGCUGGCAGCAGCGCGAGGCGCAGCUGCAGCGCGUGCAGGGGGAGCUGGUGGAGGGCGCGCAGGAGAUCGCCGCGCUGCGCGAGUACGCGCGCGCCAACGGGCUCGUGUCCGCGGCCGCGGAGGCGGCGGCGGCGGCGGCGCAGGCGGGCGCGCCCAAGGCGUUCAAGGAGGAGGCCGCGGUGACGAAACUGGAGCUGGAGGUUGCAAAGGAGCAGUUGGCGAAGGGUUUUGGAAAGUCUCAAAACUCACCCUUCCCUCUUCUUCUCCCCCCCCCCCCCCCCCGCCUUCCCCCCCCGCCUUUCCCCCCGACGCUGUCACGGCAGGUGGCGAAGGUGGAGGUGGAGACGGCAGUGGCGGCACUUAAAGCCCUGGCGGACCUCAGCUCCGAGCUCACCACUGAAUGUGCUGACGCCUCCUUGACUGCCGCAGCGAUAGCAGCACUGCCAGGCGCGACUAAUGGUGCUGCUGCUUCGGGCGUAGGCGCAGCAGCAGCAGCAGCAGCAGCGGAUGACAUGGAGAGGCAGCUGAGGGACAAGGACGCGGCCUUGGACCUGGCUCGCUCCGCCAUGCUCUCCCUCACACGCCUCACUCGCCGCCUCGUGCAUGACGCCGCCUCUGUGGCUGCUGAAGCUGGCUGGCCUUGCGACGACGCCCCCUCCUCUCCUUCCUCCUCGCCCUCCUCCGCGCUGCUUGCUUCCCCCUCGGACCUGGAGGAUUCAGGGUUCAGCCUCGAUGGCGCCGCAGCGUGA